AUGGGGGACCUGUUUGGUUGCAAACGCACGGCAAAACCCGCUACUUUCAAAUGCUCCCAUAGCUUUCGUUAGUAGCCUAUAAAGAAUGGAUUAAAGAAGCAGCUGCAACGACACUAAGAAGAAGAAAACGAAAACAAUUCAAAGAUUGCGUGCGUGCACGUUAACGCCAACAUUUUCGGAUGCACACGUACGUACAUUAGCACUUUCCGAUCAUCUAGCAAUAACAUUUUAUAAGGAGAAUAAAUAUCAAAGAAACCGAAGCAGGAGAGAGAGCGAAAGAUAUGGAUACUUUGUGCUUGAAAAGCGGGAUCACCGGAAUAGCUCCGUCGAUCUCCGUGGGCGGGGGCGUUGAAGUCCGUUCAAACGCAACACAACAAAUGAGUGCGGUUGGGAGGUCCACGGUGGAUAAAUCAACGGGGGCUACGCUGCCUAACAAAACGAUGUCGUCGAGGUUGUUUUUUUUCGGAUAUCCUUUCAAGUCGUUGUGGCCGGGGCUGGGGGGAGGUGAUGGAAAUAGUAAAAGAUACAAAGGGAUUGCAUUAGAAGACGCCAUUUUGGUGGAGAAUGGAGAGAAGUCGAAUGAUGAAGUCUGUUGCGAGAAUGAAACGACAAUGGAGACAUCGUAUAGGGAAGGGCGUGGUGGGAAUUGGGUGUUGAAGAUUCUGCACGUGAGGUCUCUCUGGAAAGACAGAGAAGACACGAGACAUCGUGAAGGAUUAGAGAAGGAACAGGGUGCUAUGGUGGAUGGUCAAAUGGACGAUGACGAAGCUGAUGAUGAGGAGGAAUGUGAAGUUUGUAAAAUUGAUGAUGACGAAAAAGAGUUUGAGUUUGACAAAGAGUCUUUUUCAAGUUUGCUACGGAAGGUUUCAUUAACUGAAGCCAAGCUUUAUGCUCAAAUGUCAUAUUUGGGGAACUUGGCUUAUUGCAUUCCAAAAAUCACGAAUGGAAUAUGUAUUUUAUUUCCUUUUGGUCAGACAGGAAAUCUACUCAAAUAUCGUGGCCUACAGUAUGUGACUUCUUCAAUAGAGAAAAAAGAUUUGGCAACGAAACAUGAGAAGAAUCAGGUGGCUUCUGAAAAGCAGGAAGCAGAAAGCAAGCCAGAGGAUGAGGCCAAAGGCAAGGAACAGAAAAACAAUGGUUAUCGAAUCAGUGCAUCUACUGCUUAUCAAAUAGCUGCCUCUGCUGCUUCUUAUCUACAUUCUCACACAAAGAGCAUUCUACCAUUCAAAUCCUCAAAAUCCGAUGCUUGUGCAAAUUUAUCAGAAAGAGGCAGUAGAACUGAUGGCAAUAUUAAUAUGAUGAAUGCAGAGGUAGCCUCUGUCAUGGCAACCACUGAUUCAGUGACGGCUGUGGUUGCUGCAAAGGAGGAAGUGAAGCAAGCUGUUGCAGAUGAUUUGAAAUCAACACGUUCAUCACCCUGUGAGUGGUUCAUUUGUGAUGAUGAUCAAAGUUGUACGAGGUUCUUUGUCAUUCAGGGGUCUGAAUCUUUGGCAUCCUGGCAGGCAAAUUUACUUUUUGAGCCUUGUCAGUUUGAGGAAUUCGAUGUGCUAGUGCAUAGAGGUAUAUAUGAGGCUGCAAAAGGGAUAUAUGAACAGAUGUUGCCUGAAAUUCAUGCACACUUAAAGGCUUGUGGCAAACGUGCAACAUUCCGCUUCACUGGACACUCUCUUGGGGGUAGCUUGUCACUACUUAUAAACCUUAUGUUGCUCAUACGGGGUGAAGUGCCAGCAUCUUCCUUGCUUCCUGUGAUAACAUUCGGUGCACCGUCUAUCAUGUGCGGAGGUGAUCAUCUUCUUCACAAGCUUGGGUUGCCACGAAGUCAUGUUCAGGCAAUAACAAUGCACAGAGAUAUAGUCCCUCGGGCCUUCUCUUGUAAUUAUCCUAAUCAUGUUGCAGAGCUUCUGAAGGCUGUUAAUGGGAAAUUCCGUAAUCAUCCUUGUCUAAAUAACCAGAAACUAUUAUAUGCUCCAAUGGGGGAGCUUCUAAUACUACAGCCGGAUGAGAGAAUUUCCCCUGAACAUCCCCUCCUUCCUUCUGGCAGUGGGUUAUAUUUUUUAAGCUGCCCAUUGUUGGACACUGGUGAUGCUGAGAAGCAGCUGCAGGCUGCGAAGUUGGUAUUCUUUAAUUCCCCACACCCACUUGAGAUCCUAAGUGAUCGCUCUGCAUAUGGUUCUGAAGGAACGAUUUUCAGAGAUCAUGAUAUGAAUUCUUAUUUAAGAUCUGUGCGGAGUGUGAUUCGCCAAGAGCUGAAUCAGAUCAGGAAGGCCAGGAGAGAGCAUCGUCGCAAGUUUUGGUGGCCUCUUGUGUUACCGCAUGGAAUAUAUUCUGGUCACAUGUCAGCAAACUUGGGAGGCCUAUACCAAUUCAGAUUUUCUGGCAUCCUUCAUACCGGUAAAGAAUCCUUAAAACGAUUUAGCAGGCUUGUUGCAUCACAGUGCAUGCAUUUGCUUGUGGUGCUCUUGUUCCCUGCAAGAUUGUUACUUCUAGGGGCAUAUAACCUGAUCAGCUUCAGAUGAGUGGUCUAAUGGGUUGCCACAAUGUAUAUACUUUGAUAGAGAAGAUUGUACAGUGAGGGCACAUGGCUGGCUAUUUAGUUGGUUAGUUAAUUUGGAUUAACUGAUUUUUUCUUUUUCAUUGGAUUUGGAUAUCAAAAGCAAUUGAUAUAUUGAAAUGAUAUGUAAAGAAAAAAGAAACAGUCAAUAUCAUUCGAUAGAAAAAUGAAAUUAUAGUUUGGAUUCAGUUUUGGA